AUGUUUUCAGACUUCACAUAUGCUGAAAGCCUUCUGCGUCAUGCUAGGAGUCAGGAUGAACAUCAAACUCCAGGAACAAGUAAUGAAGCGCCUGUUCAAAAAUCACUAGUUGAAGAAAGAAGGUCCAUGGAGUGCCACUAUGAAGAUCUAGCUCACCCUAAACGGCGCAGAUCAGUUUUUACUAAUGUGGUGAAUGAUUUAUUGAGCAGCGGAUUUGCUGUAGAUGAAACCAUGUGUCAGGCAAAAUGGAAGAAUUUGGUGAGAAGUUACAAUAUAGCCAAGGACCAAAAAACUCGCACUGGAAGGGGCCCUACUAGAUUUCAGUUCUUUGAAGAAUUGGACAAUUUGCUGGAAGAGGCAAAUUGUGUGGUGAACGUAGAUGAAGUGAAUUGUACUUUGGUAAUAGAGGAAGAUGAUUCUGAUAGGGAUAAAGCAAAUAAUGAUGAAAUUUAUACCGAGAAAAAAAACAAUGCGGAAAACAAAGAGAAGGGAAAAAAGCGCAAGAGAACUGCUAAAAAUGAGAGUAUUUUGAAAGAAAUCAACUUAGAAAAAUCAAAGAGACACCAAGAAAGAAUGGAUAUUGAACAAAAAAAAAUUGAAAUGGAAGAACGAAAGUGCAGACUUUUAGAAAGGUACUUAGAUUCCAAAGUUUGA